CGCGGGACGGCUGGUUCGGCCUGUGCAGCCCGCACCCGCGCCCUUCGCCCGGUCCGAUGGCUCCGCGGCCGCUGAGCCCCUUGGUGCUGGCGCUGGGCGGCGCCGCGGCCGUGCUGGGCUCAGUACUCUUCAUCCUCUGGAAGGCCUACUUCGGGCGCGGACGGGAGCGGCGCUGGGACCGGAACGAGGCCUGGUGGGGCGCGGAGCCUCCCCGCCUCCCUGAGUGGGACGAGUGGGACCCUGAAGACGAGGAGGACGAAGAGCCGGCGCUGGAGGAGUUGGAGCAGCGUGAGGUGCUGGUGCUGGGGCUGGAUGGCUCAGGGAAGAGCACGUUCCUGCGCGUGCUGUCUGGGAAGCCACCGCUGGAAGGCCACAUCCCCACCUGGGGCUUCAAUUCUGUACGGCUGCCCACCAAGGACUUCGAGGUGGACCUGCUAGAGAUCGGUGGCAGUCAGAACCUACGCUUCUACUGGAAGGAGUUUGUGAAUGAAGUAGACGUGCUGGUGUUCCUGGUGGACUCGGCUGACCGGCUGCGGCUGCCUUGGGCCCGGCAGGAACUGCACAAGCUGCUGGACAAGGACCCUGACCUGCCUGUCGUCGUGGUGGCCAACAAGCAGGACCUGAGUGAGGCCAUGAGCAUGGUGGAGCUGCAGCAGGAGCUGGGCCUGCAGGCUGUCGAUAGCCAGCGGGAGGUGUUCCUCUUGGCAGCCAGCAUCGCCCCUGCAGGACCUGGCUUUGAAGACCCCGGCACCGUGCAUAUCUGGAGACUGCUCUUGGAGCUUCUCUCCUAGGCUGGCCCCCACCUGCUCACGCACCCAACCCUGGAGACCCCCGUUCUGCCACUCCUGUUUCUCUAUUGCCAGCCUGGGCCUGAGGCGGGAGCUGUGUGGCAACUCUUCCCUUCUCUCCUCCCACGCUCCAGAACAGGGCCUGAGCAAGGCCAAGAACCACACAGAGGCCUUCCUGGUGAGGUGGCCGUGAGGCUGAAGUGGGGAGGCAGGUGGGGCAGACAGUGGAAGAGCAUAGUGUCUGGCUCACUCCAGGCUGGAAGUGGAUCCAAUUUUCACCAGUGAAGGCCUGCACCCUCCUUCUCUGAUGUGUGAAGCAAGGUGCUCAGUGGGCUCAGUUCUCACCACUGCAGCUUGUGGUGACUGAGAACCAGUAUAGUGUCAGAAGUACUCCCAGUCUGAACCAUUCCCUCCUGGAGACUUCAGGCCCCUCUCAUGCAGGCAGGUUCUGGGCAGUACACAGUGAGCUGUGGCUCCAAGGCCUACAAUAUCCUGCAGCCCCAGUUCUGCCCAGCUGGGUCAUGGCCUUGUGCUAUCUCUGCCUCUCUGGCCCUGGGGCCAUCAUUUUUAAAGAGAGGUGAUUUCCAUGUUUGUUUGGUUUUUUUUGUUUUUUUUUUUUUUUUCUGACUUGGAAAUACAUUUUCCAGCCAUGAAGGUAAGAAGUGCUGGAAUAAACCUGGAGAUCCUAGCAAGCUUUCUGAAACCUCCUGCUUCUGCAAGCCAAGGCCUGCCUGCCAGACUACAGGAUAAAGCGGUAUUCACCCCCAAUCAAAAAAACUAAAGGCUUUUUUCCCCCUAAUCUGGACACACAAGCUGCUGCUCUUGCACUAACUGUGCCAAUGCCCAUGUUUACAGAAGUCUGGGGGAGGAACCCAUGUCCCUGGGGAGACAACUGUCAACUGGAGCUGGGUGUUGGCCUCAGAACUGCGUUUUAUUUAUUUAUUUAUUUAUUUAUAAAAGGAACAGGCCAAAGUUUUAGGUUCUGUUUCUAGGUGCUGUUAUCAGAACCCCAGAUGACUGUCAUGGAAAACUUGUGUCUUUGAGGAAAAUAGCUGGAAUUGUGAGGCAAUGUGAUAACCUCCACACGUCAGUGGAGACAAAGCUCUAGCUUCCCCCUAUCAUUUAUAGCUGUAUUCAGUAUCAUACUUCACAUUAAUCCACAUGAACUUAAACUCCACCACCUGGCCUGAUAAGUCAAAAGGACACACCUCCUUCUGUGUAGAUGGUGACUCUAGGAGAGGCAAUUUGAAUCAUGUAAAUCCAGGCAAAAAGAAAUGGGAAUUAGCAGAUCAGCCAAUAGGGGGACUUUGGGUACCUCACUCAGCCUUUCUGGACCUGCUGAUUCCUCAGCUAAAGCAAAGUUGGACAGAAUUUCUGGGUUUUCUCCAGUGCACACUCCAGGAUUCUCCUGUUUCCGGUGACCAGCCAGUUUGUCUGUAUAUUGACACUUCUCUUUAGUGCAGGCAAAAGAAGGAGCCUUAUGUCUGUCAGGGGCCACUGAGUAAUCAGUAGCCACAAAUGGACUUUUUUUUUUUUAGAGGUCAUAUCCAACUCCGUUUGCUUUUUAAUUGAGAAUACAGAUUAUGUGCCUUCAUUUCAUUUGACAUUUACUCAGUGUGCUUCAGUUCCAUGCUGUGGCCUAUGUGAGAAAAGGCACAGGGAGGGAGGGUGGGGAGGGAACCCCCAAAUCCAGAAGUGUGAUUAUUGGAACAGUGGCCUACCAUGCUCUUGGGCUGUAGGUAUAUCAACAGAAUCGCUGUUAUUUGAAAUCCUGAUUAAUGUUCGCAGAAGAGAUUUGUUUGCUUUUACUUAAAAUAUUUAAGGAAUGACUUGGCUUUUAAAGAGUAGCCUUUGAAACUUUGUCGACAAAUUUUCCUUUUGACAUUGAAAGAUUAUAAAACUACUUCUCUGUUCUUUGAACUCCUGGUUCUCCAGUGCUUGACAUUUACCUUUGGAACCAGCAGUGUUGUAGGGGAUCCUUUUCUAAUUAAGAUCUGCCUUUGGUCUAAUGAGUAUCAUUAUGUAAUACAAUUUUCAAAGUCUCCAGUGAGGGCAGUGAACUUGAAUAAAGAGUUUAACUAACUAUAUCUACUUGAGCAACUUUUGAAGACCACUCCCAGAACGGACAGGUCCCAGUGGUACACCAGAAGAGACACCACGGGGGGGCGCUGAAGGUCCAGAGUACCACCCCUCUGAUACUUGUGUAGAAUAUAGAUGUUCUCUUGGCCUUUGAGUGUGCCUCAUCACAUUUGUGGCUGACAGCUGUGCUCUGGUAGGGUCGUUGGCCUAUCCUCCAGGCAGAGUGCCAACAGUGCUUAUCUGCUCUGGUUUCUGCUAGGAUUAGACCAGAUGAAGUAGAGGAGUGGGGCUCUCUUACGAACAGCUACGUGCCUGGCCUGUGGUGCUCUUACCCAGUUGCUCCCGAAUGUGACUUUCUGAUUCACAAGCCCAGAUCACCUGCUCCUGGGACCCAGCCAUUAUCUGGAGUUCAUCUCAAAGUUUUCUGAGCUAGCCUGGGUGACACUGCCCCCACCCCACUCCACCCCACUGCCCCAACACUACAGCUCCCAACCUACCUGAGCGUGGGUUAGGGGUCAAAUGUCAGCAGCUCUCCUAACAAAGGCAGCUGGAAGGUA